GUUUACUUUUCCUCGUUUCUUCUUUUAGUCUUUGGUUGACUCUGAUUUCCGCGUUCUCCUUCUUCUACCCUGAUCUUGAUUUUUUGCAUUUCCUACAUUAACAUAUGAAUUGUAUGACGAUUCCGUUUCUUUUUUCUUUUAUAUAUACUUCUCAAUCUCUCAAAAACUCAUAAAAACUUGUAUAUUCCCUCAAUCAAAUUCAACAAGUAUAUUAUGAGCAGUUGAAUCCGUCAAAAGGAACGGUGUCAUUUAGGAGUGAAAUUUUUACAAUGUACAAUUGCAAGUAGAAUGUCACUGUUAGUUCUGCAUCCAAGAGGAGAAGCAUUGCUUGUGAUCAAGUGGGGCGUAAUCAUACAUUUUCUUUACAGCCUCAAGACAGAGUGAUAAUUUUGCGGAUGGUGCCCGAAAUAGCGAUGGCUUUGAGCGCAACAGAUGUAUUAUUCAGCAAAAUACUCUCCAUGUUGGAAAACCAAGCAUCUUUGCAGAGUGGGGUUGGUGAUGAAAUCAAUGAAAUCAAGCUUGAGCUGAGUAGCAUGAGAUCCUUUCUUGAGGAUGCUGAUGAUGGACCACGAGCACAAAGCAAAGCAGAGAAUGACUGGGUGGCAGGUGUGCGAGAAAUAUCUUACCAAGUAGAAGACAUUAUUGACGAGUACAUGUAUGACAUGAACAAGCAACAACAAUGGAAGGGUAACUUCCUAAAGGGUAUUCAAUUUCCACAGAAUCUAUGGUUGAAGCAUAAAUUAGGGAGGAAGUUACGAGAUAUCAAAGAAAGGAUCAAAAGCAUUCCAGAGAGAAGACAAAGAUAUGGGGUUUAUCAGUUAGAAGGGAGGGAUAGAAGAAGAGAGGGAAUGCUCGGAAAUUAUGAUCUUAAUUGGUUGAAAAAUGAAAGUGAGUCUUCUCUUUUUCUUAAAGAUGAUGAUCUUGUUGGCAUCAAAAAGACACAACGGGAAUUGUUGGAUUGGUUGACAAAUGGGAACCUUGAAAGGACCGUUAUCUCAGUGACUGGAAUGGGUGGUUCAGGCAAAACCACACUUGUUGCCAACACCUUUAUCAAACAAACUGUCAAGCAACAUUUUGACUUCUGCGCCUGGACCACUGUCUCACAACAAUAUACAAUUGAAGAGUUGCUUAGAUCCACGAUUAAAGAAAUCUACAAGAAGAAUAAUGAACAAACUCCUGUGAACUUGAACAGCCUCAGCUACAGGGAUUUGGGAGAGAAACUGGAGAAGUAUUUGCAGGCAAGGAGAUAUCUUAUUGUGCUAGAUGAUGUGUGGAACCUCAACCUCUGGCAACAGAUCAGCAGAGUCCUUCCUAAUGGAAGGAAUGGAAGCCGUGUCAUGCUUACUACGCGAAUGGGAGAGGUAGCUUCUUUUCAGUUUGGGACUACAAACCACGUCCUUGAAGUUAAGCCCUUAAGAGACAAUGAGGCUUGGACCCUCUUUUGCAUGAAAGCUUUCCCAAGCAACCUUGGUCAAUGUCCACCAAAUCUUGAUUCUUUAGCACGAAAUCUAGCUGAAAAAUGUAAAGGCCUGCCAUUAGCUAUUGUAGCUUUGGGAGGAUUGUUGUCUUCCAAGAAGUUCAUAGCAGAAUGGAGAAUAAUCCAUGACAACUUAAAUUGGGAGCUCAGUCACAACCCUGAGCUUGGAGCAUUGAAGUGUAUCUUAUUGCUUAGCUAUUAUCAUUUACCUUACCGACUCAAGCAUUGCUUUCUAUACUGUUGCAUAUUUCCAGAAGAUUAUUUGAUUAGGCGAAACAGGCUCAUUAGACUGUGGAUGGCAGAGGGUUUUGUGGAGCCAGUCAACGGAGCAACACCAGAAGUUGUAGCUGAGAGAUACCUGAUGGAAUUGAUUUCUCGGGGAUUGCUUCAAGUUACAAAGAGGAAUGAAUCCGGAAGGCCCCAAGCAUGUAAGAUGCACGACAUUCUACGAGAGCUUGCAGUUUCAAUAUCAGAAUCGGAAAAGUUUGUUGCUAUAUCUGAUAGGAAAGAAGCAGUAGUAGAAGACAAUGGGAUUCGCCGCUUGUCAAUUGUGGUAAGGGAUAAAGAGAUAAAAGCAAGAAAGGGUAUAUCACAACUUCGUUCAUUGUUUGUUUUUGCUGUUGAUGAAAUCUCUAAAUCUUCCUUCAAUAGGUUGCCAUCUGGUUUUAAACUACUGACAGUGUUGGAUUUACAAGAUGCCCCAAUCAGUCAACUCCCAAGUGAAAUGGCAUAUUUAUUCAAUUUGAGGUAUCUCAACUUAACCAGGACUCAAGUGAAAGAGCUCCCGAAAUCCAUCGGAGAACUUUGUAACUUACAGUCUUUGUUCCUUAAAGAAACCCAAAUUGAAGAGCUUCCACCAGGAAUUGUGAAGUUGAAAAAUCUGCGGCAUCUGAUUGUUUACCGUUUCAAUAUCAAAGGGACUGACUAUGAUCGUUGGGUAAGCAUGCGCCUACCAUCCGAUAUUUUCAUGGUAAAGAACUUGCAAGUUUUGACUUUUGCAGAAGCAGGGGACACCUUUAUAAAGAAUCUCAGCAAAAUGACACAGCUGAAAAGGCUUUGUUUUGCCAAUGUAAAGGAAGCUAAUGAGAAGGAGCUGUGCUUCUCCCUUGGGAAAACAUCCCUUCUUCGCUACUUGAUGGUGAUGUCUUGUAAUGAAAAGGAGCGAUUGAAGAUGGAUAAACUUGUUAAAGCUCCUCCUUGCCUUGAGAAACUUAUUCUGGCUGGGAAAUUGGAGAAGGUGCCGCACUGGUUUAGCUCACUUCACAACCUGACUUGCUUGAGAUUACAUUGGUCUAGAUUGAGGGAAGAUUUUGUUUCUCACAUCCAAGCAUUGCCUAACUUGGGGCGAAUUACACUUGUAAAUGCAUACCUAGGGGAGCGAUUGUGCUUUCUUGAAGGGUUCCCAAAGCUUAAGAUUUUAAGAAUACAGAAAUUCCCUGAGUUGAAAGAAAUUGUGAUAAACAAAGGAGUGAUGCCAGAUCUCCAGGAGCUAAAUAUCCGUGAAUGCCAAAAGUUUGUCAAGUUACCACAUGGUUGGGAAAGUUUACCUCAUCUCAAAAAGGUUUGUUUAAGGGAUGUUUCGAGUGAAAUUGUAGAGAAAAUCUGUGGAGCUUCAGAAAGUAUGGAUCAACCAACAAUCAGAGUCAUCUUACUGAGCAGAGUAGAAGAAGAAGAUGAUGAUGGUGAAUUUCAAUCUAAUUUCAAGUGGGUGUAUCGAACCUAUGACUGACCCAAAGAAAGGGGAAUGGUAAAUCUAAUUGUAAGUACCCAGCACUCAUACUUUUGUUUCCCGUUGCAAGCAUGACAUUCUGUCCGCUUAACUGUGCCCAAAAUGCUCGGUGGCUACUCAAUUUCUCCAUCAUUCUUGAACAUUCAAAUGGCACUUUUAUUCUGUUUACCUUCUUUCAUUUUCAGGUUAUUUGAGAAAGUUGACAACAAGUCUGGGGCGGUUUGGUCGAAUAAAGUUACCAGUUCAUGCAUGGAAACAAUUGUUAUUAUCGUAAUUAGUGGUUUGCUUUUCAUCUUACAUAUAAUAUAAUUGUAUUGUUACAUAUUGUCAUUUAUAACUAUAUAAUACAUAUAUAUAUAUAUAUAUAUUAGUGUUUGGCACGUACUUGACACAUGUAAUUCUUAUCUCUAAAUAUUCAUUCUAAUAAAUAAACUU